GAUCCGGAAGUGAUUCUGUUUGCGCAUGCGCAAAUGUGCUGACGCUAGGAAUUGUGCUUCCUGGAAAGAUCGGGUAGUGACACUUGUGACACGGUUCCAGCAGAACUGGGUUAAGAGCUGAGGCCGGUGGCUCCUCACUUUAACAACCAGGAUGGAUCCUCGUCACGGGAUCAUGAAAGCCUUCCCCAAAGUUAAACGAGCUAAAGUGCUGCAGGGGAAGGAUUUGCCUCCACUCAAGAAGAAAGCAGAUGACCAUGAUGUUACAGGAAACAUCUUUAAUGGAUUCACAGUGUACCUUCUGCCGGCUGGAAUCGGAAACGCCAGAUGCCAAAUCUUCCACAGACAAAUCCAACAGAACGGAGGGCAAAUCGAGAGUUCCAUGUCCCCUUGUGUUACUCACGUUGUUGUUGAUGACACCAUGGACCGUGACAGGGCUCUGCGCCUGCUGAAAGUGUAUCAACUGCCCUCUGAUGUCCAUCUUGUGAAAUGCACAUGGCUAAGCUUGUGUAUUAGUGAGAAGAGACUCCUGGAUGAUGAAGACUACAGCCUUCUUUUAACCAAAAGUUUUUCAGAAUCAAAGCAUGACGGCAAACAAAAGCAAUCAGGACCUGUUGAACAUUGUGCGGAGACAACCACAGAGCCAGAAAGUCAUCUAACCAAGCAAGAGGAGACGAUAGACACAACAAUCCCAGAAGAUAAAGAAGAAGCUCACCGAGAGGAAGAUGGCGUCUCUCAGGGCGACCUGGAAGCUCUUCUCACCGGUCAGCACCCUGAAGAGGAGACUCCCGGCUCCGACACAAACUCCGGUCCGGAUGCUGCUGCUGAUGCUCGGAAACCCAUGCCAGGAAAGUGGGUCUGUGCUCAGUCUUCUCAGUCCAAAAGCAAAAACUUCAACAAGCAUAUCACAGACAAGCUGGAAGUGCUGGCCAAGGCCUACACACAUCAAGGAGACAAGUGGAGAGCACUGGGCUACUCCAAGGCUGUCAACGCACUGAAGAGCUACCACAAACCCGUUCAAUCAUAUCAGGAAGCUUGUCAGAUCCCGGGAAUAGGAAAACGCAUGGCGGACAAAAUAGAAGAAAUAAUGGAGAGUGGCCACCUGCGGAAGCUCGAUCACAUUGGAGAGGCCGUGCCUGUCUUGGAGCUUUUCACCAACAUCUGGGGUGCAGGAGCGAAGACGGCACAACUUUGGUACCAACAGGGUUUUCGCACGCUGGAGGACAUCCGAACAAAAGCCCACCCAAGCAACACUCAGAAAAUAGGACUGAAGCACUACGAUGAUUUUCUUGACCGAAUGCCAAGAGAAGAGGCAGCAGCUAUAGAGAAAGUGGUGAAGGAUGCUGUACAUGCUGUCGAUGCCAACCUGGUGGCAAUGGCGUGUGGCUCCUACCGUCGUGGGAAAGCUACAUGCGGAGAUGUGGAUGUGCUCAUCUCUCACCCUGACGGCAAGUCCCACAAAGGAGUUUUCAGUAAAGUGUUACAGAUUCUCCAUGACAGUGGGUUUCUAACAGAUGAUCUGGUGAGCCACGAGGAGAACGGAGAGCAGAAGAAAUACAUGGGGGUGUGCUGUUUGCCAGGGCCUGGCCGCCGCCACCGCAGGUUGGACGUCAUCGUCGUGCCUUACAACGAGUUUGCCUGCUCGCUCAUGUAUUUCACCGGCUCGGCCCACUUCAACCGCUCAAUGAGAGCACUGGCAAAGACAAAAAAUAUGAGCUUAUCAGAGCACUCUUUAAACAAAGAUGUGGUACGGCAAGGCAGCUUGAAGGUGCAUGGUGGCACCCCGCUUCCCACACCGACAGAGAAGGAUGUUUUCAAUCUUUUAGGGAUACCAUACAGAGCACCUCAAGAAAGGGACUGGUGAUGGUCUCUAAAACAAAUGAAAGGUUUGCUUUUAGAAACGGAGAAACUGGUAUGUUUUUAAUGAAUAAAGAAGCAGGAAUUAUGCAAAAAGAACCAGUCUUAUUAAAAAAAAAAGUUGGUGGCAUGUUUUACUUGCUAAUUUAUUUUGCAAAAUAGAAAUCCUGGGUUGUUUAGAAUGAAGAGGAAUGUUUCAACCAUAUUCUGAUGAGGUCUUGCAGUAUUGAUCUCUGAAACUUCACAGCAACUUAGGUUCUAGUUUAAAGGGAUCUUUAGAAAAUGGAGACUAUUUUUUUAAACACUGGCUGACAAUGUUUUUCAGACAAUGAAAAUAAAAAUGUAUUAACUAACUAGAAGACUAGUGAUGUGCAGCACUGGACUGGGGCAAGACAACUAAAAGAUCCCGGACAUUUUUGCUCCAGUUGCCAAAACCUCUAUAGUUUUUAAGUUGGCUAGUUCAAACACUAACCCACAUGCCAGGGAUGUCUGGAUACAUUAGAAUAUGAAUGAAAACUUGAUUUAUUUCAUUAAUAGAAUAAGCUUCACUUUCUCUGGGAUACUAGAUGGGUUGUAGUGUUUGAUCCAACAAAAAUGGAUACAAGAGGAUUCCCAUUCAUGUUGCAAAGCAAAGGUCUCAACUUUUUAUUAAAAUAAAAAUUUAAUGAAAGUACAUGCACUUAAUCGAUGCUUUUAUAGUGGGAAAAUGGUGGCAGUGUUUUGACGCUUUUAAGUAAUAGGAGAAAUGACUGAAAUCUUUUCACUCUUUUUGAACUUCCUCUUGCUGAUCAAAGUUGAUUGAGAAAAAGUGCUGAUCUUGAUGUCUGACCAAUUCAUUGAUGCAUCUUAGUUGGGAUUCAGAAGGCUGACAGUCUUCCAGCCAAGUAAACUUUAUGUAUAGAGGAUAAAUUCAAUAAAAAACCAAAACAUGUCAAACUACAUAUACAGAUCAUACAAACAAUAAUUAAACAAUCAUGCCAAGAUUCAAAGUAAUUUCACAAAUAAAUCCAGAGGUGAAAAAUACAGCUUGAUUUAGAGACAAUUUGAAGUAAAUAGUAUAAUUAUCCAGCCUUGGUGGGUUCAUACUGUGGAGAACUCUUUUAAAUAGUCGAAUGCAUUUAAAUAAUAGAAAAAAUAGCCAUUGAAAUCCAAUAAUCAUCCACGAUGAUUAUUGGAUUUAUUUGUGCCUAAACCCUGUCCAUCACAUGGACAGGGUUUAGGUGACCAGCCAUAGGAAAUUCUACUGUUUUUACUGACUGAGUGAUUGUGAUUCAGUCCCCCAAAUGAAUUGGAUUUUUGAGUCACUGACCCAAGUGUGACACAAGUUCUACCUAAUGCCUGUGCCCAAUGAUUCAUACUGCUAAUACCACUGAUUUAAAAGAGUACCGGUAGUUUUUUUUUUUUUUUUUUUUUGUGAGGAAAGUGACAGAACAAAGGGAAAAUUUUUAAUUCUCUAUCUUUUGAAAUAAACAAUAAAUGUAUGCAACAAACAUUUGUACAUAUCUCUAGUGAUAAUGUUUUUGAUACAUCUGGUUGUGAGAGCACUUUACGACGUGUGUGCAAAAGUUGACCGUUUUUGCAGUUUGCUGUUUUUUCAGAUUAAAAAAUGAUUUUUACCAAUUGCAUUUUUACACA